AUGAGCUCUAGGAAAAAGGUUUGGUUGGGAUGGCGACGAUCGAGCCUGGAGCCCCCGGGCCACCGCCAGUGCUGGGACGAGCCGGUGCGCAUCGCCGUGCGCGGCCUGGCCCCCGAGCAGCCGGUUACACUGCGCGCGUCCCUGCGCGACGAGAAGGGGGCCCUGGAGCCCGACAAGCCUUUUUGGCGCUUUCUGAAGCGGGACGUGCGGACGCCGUUCGUCGUGGAGCUGGAGGUGCUGGACGGCCACGAGCCCGAGGCCGGGCGGCUCCUGGGCCGGGCGGUGCACGAGCGCCACUUCCUGCGGCCCGGGGUGCGGCGGGAGCCGGUGCGCGCGGGCCGGGUGCGCGCCUCGCCCUUCCUGCCGCCGGGUGAGGGGCCCUUCCCUGGGAUCAUCGAUCUGUUUGGAAGCGGUGAUGGCCUUUGUGUAUGCAGGGCCAGCCUCCUGGUGGAGCAUGGUUUUGCUGUGCUUGCUCUGGCUUAUUUCAGAUUUGAAGACCUCCCUGAAUAUUUGAAAGAUAUGCAUGUGGAAUACUUUGAAGAAGCUGUGGACUUUAUGUUGCAGCAUCCAAAGGGCAUCAUAGACACUGUACUUAUCAAUGCCUGUGUGGCCAACACAAUGCUUCCUCUGCAUUACAUGGAUGUGAUUAUUCCUGGUCUCAGCCAUGACCCAGGGAAAGGAAAAAUCACCAAGUCAGGCGUUUUGAAAUUGAUGGAUGUUUGGAACAAUCCACUGGAGGAACCCAACCACCAAAGUCUUAUUCUGCUGGAAAAGGACGAGGGGCCCUUCCUGUUUAUUGUUGGCAUAGAUGAUCAUACCUGGAAGAGUGAAUUCUAUACUUAUAUAGCCUCUGAAUGGUUACAAGCCCAUGGGAAAGACAGACCCCAGAUAAUCUGCUACCCAGAAACUGGUCAUUGUGUUGACCUACCUUAUUUUCUUCCUUCUAGAGCUUCUGUACAUGCAGUUUUUGGCAAAGUGGUAUCCUAUGGAGCUGUGCCAAGGGCUCAUUCAAGGGCACAGGUGAAUGACUGGCAGCAAAUUCAAAUUUUCUUCCAUAAACAGCUCAGUGGUAAAAAACCUGUCAAGCACAUCAAGGCAUAACAUUGCGAUCAUAGGCCAGAUAUCAUCAGUAAAACAAUCCUGUUUAUAAAACUUGUGUUGGGUACCUAGGAACCUUUUUGUAACAAAGCAACCAGCUCGGCUUCCUUGUCAGGUCCUACUGGAUUCUCAGCCUUUGCAACCCUCCUUCCUUCACUGCUGGGUCCACCCCUCUCUCUCCUGAACUUUACCCAGUUA